UGCUCACGGUCCGGGUGGAAACAUGGCCGCGGCCCGGCCGUUCCGGGCGUGCUCCUGCUUCUUCUCGGAUAACAUCUUCGUGAGGCGCUGCGGGCUGCACGUCCGCUACCGGGACCCGGAGCAGCUCCGCAGCGACUACGGGACGAUCGAGGCAGAAGUGCAGAGAAGAAAGCAGUUAAUCCAUCAGUCGGCGGAACGCAAAGCCGUCAUCGCCAGCCGUUACAAACGAAAACACCCCGAAGUGUACAUUCUUCAGGAUUCGUUCCUGGCCCCGGAAUUUUUAGAAAUCGUUAGCUACUGCACUUCACCAGAUGCUCAUCUCGAUGGCCUCCUGCGCUACACCGAGUCCUUCUCAGAUAAGAGGAUCUAUCGGCUGCCAGUGUUCACGGAGGAGUUCUGCCGAGCCUUUGUUGAGGAGCUGGAGAACUUUGAGCAGUCGGACAUGCCGAAGGGCAGGCCCAACAGUAUGAAUAACUAUGGGGUCUUGCUCAACGAGAUAGGGAUGGAUGAAAACUUCAUCACGCCCCUGCGGGAGAAAUACCUGCGGCCCAUAACGGCUCUGCUUUACCCCGACUUGGGGGGCGCCUGCCUGGACAGCCACAAGGCGUUCGUGGUCAAGUACGCGCUGCACGAAGACCUGGAUCUGAGCUCUCACUAUGACAAUGCAGAGGUCACCUUAAACGUUUCGCUGGGAAAGGACUUCACAGAAGGCAACUUGUACUUCGGGGAUUUCAGACAGGAUCCCAGCCCUGUGCCAAACUACAUCGAGGUCGAACACGUGGGGACCCGGGGGCUGUUCCACAGAGGGGGGCAGAUCCACGGAGCGCUCCCCAUCGCCUCGGGGGAACGCUGGAACCUCAUCGUCUGGAUGAGAGCCUCAGCCAUCCGCAACCGGCUUUGCCCCAUGUGCAACCAGAAGCCCGAGCUGGUCGAAGCAGAGGGGUUCGGGGACGGCUUCACGGAAACCGCUGAGGAUGACGUGCCUGAGACCGUGGAUCUCUGUUCGCUGUGGUAGCAGGCGGUCGGGCACCGUUUCUCCGGACCAGGUUGCCUGAAGCUGCUUUCUGUCCUCUUGGGCUGCACUGACCGACUCUGGUGGAUGCGUGAGUCGCGUCAGAAGUCGCAGUCACCUUGGUGGGGAUGCAGAACCGGUCCUGCCGGGCUGGGGAAGCCGGCUGCGUCCCCUGCUGGGACUCAGCCAGGCAAGGGCUCACCCUCGGCCUGGCGCGGCGGAGGAGUGCUUGGAAAAUGUAAAAAGCCUUAAGUUGGAGUCACUGCAAGGGCUCUGUAAAUUUUCAGGGGUACAGGAAAAAUAAAUGAAGCCGCUCGGCCUUUGUGGAGACCUCUGUGCCAACAGCAGUGUUGCAAGACUCUAAAUGGAAAAGAGCAGUGCAAUAAAACCACGUACCCCACAGAAACAGUGCAAUAAAACCCGAAUUUUGCCACUUC